AUGGCCCAUCUCAUAAUUUAUUUACCGAUGCAUUAUGGGCGUGGGGUGGGACCAGUGGGUGCAACGAGACAAUCCACUCCACCUGGAGGGGGGCAGAAAAAGGAAAAAUUUCAAGGAGUCCUGCAACGCCAUCCUUUCGAGAGGGCCACCGUCCGCAAACAUCUGCGCCCGGCCGAGGCUGUGAACGAGACUCACGCUGGAUCCGGCCGGCCGCGGGGAUGGGACGCGCGAGCCCUGAAAGGCGAGGGGCCGGACACUGUGCGGUGCGCUAGGCUGGAAGUUUUCGUGGUCGGCAUCCCCAGCUGGGCCAGCUCUCUGAUCCGGUCGCAGCCGGCAGCGUGGCCAGCCGGAUGGGGGACACGGCCCCCCCCCCAGGCCCCCGCUGGAGGGUUAGGGGGGCCCCCCGGGACGGGCCUCCUCGGAGGGGGCACGGCCCCCCGCGUGCACAGUGCCAUCGUGGAGCGUCUCCGCGCCCGCAUCGCCAUUUGCCGCCAACACCACCUGAGCUGUGAAGGCCGCUACGAGCGAGGCCGGGCCGAGAGCACCGACCGGGAGCGCGAGAGCACCUUGCAGCUGCUCAGCCUCGUGCAGCACGGUCAGGGAGCCAGGAAAGGCGGCAAGCACGCCAAGGCCAACGCCGCCGCCAACCCGGCUCCCGCCCCCGUGGCACCCCCGGCUCCGCCGGCGUCGGCCCCGGCCCCGCCACCACCCCCGGACUACCACCACCAUCACCUCCAGCAGCAGCAGCAGCACCUGCUCAGUAAUGGGAGUAGCGGGAGUAGCGGUGCCGUCAACGGGGACCAGCCUCCGCCAUCCGCCUCGGCCGCCCCCGGGGACCAGAGGAACUCGGCCCUCAUCGCGCUCCAGGGCUCUCUGAAGAGAAAGCAGGGGGUCAGUCUGUCAUCGACGGACAACAAGAGGCCCAACGGCAUCUCAGAGAACUCUUUCCUUGACAUGAAGAGGAUACGAGUGGAUAAUCAUCUCUCCCUAGGACAGAGCGGACAUCAUGUUAACAAUGGGCAAAGCCAGCCGAUCCCUGGAGCUUUGGCUCUGGGUCAGGCAUCGCUCAGAAAGGGGGGUAACAUGGCGGCCAGUGCCCAUUCCACUGGCAAUGGGUUGUUCAACAUGGGCCUGAAGGAGGUCAAGAAAGAGCCAGGAGAAACCAUGUCUUGCAGCAAGCACUUGGAUGGCCAGAUGAGCCAGGAAGCCCUCUUCUCUAAUAGAUUCGGAGAUGACCCGGGAGAGCAGAUGAUGGACCCAGAGCUUCAGGAAUUGUUCAAUGAACUGACCAACAUAUCGGUGCCUCCCAUGAGCGACCUGGAGCUGGAGAACAUGAUCAAUGCGACGAUAAAGCAAGAUGACCCGUUCAGCAUUGACCUGGGCCAGCAAAACCAGAGGACCACCCCCAGGCCACCCCUGCAGAUGGAGAAAAUAGUGAUCAAGAGUGAAUAUUCCCCGGGGUUGAGCCAGGGACCCGUGGGCUCGCCUCAGAUGAGGCCUCCUUCCACAGGGCCCGCCUUCUCCAUCUCCAGCACCGCCCUCUCCGCUUCUUCGCCAAUCUCCUCGGUACCUCAGAAUUCCACUCAGCCGCAGGUGUCUUCCGGCACCACCCGGCCCCUGGCGAAUUGGCAGGAAGUAUCCCACGCCCAGCAGUUAAAACAGAUAGCCGCCAACCGACAGCAGCAGCAGCAGCAGCAGCAGCAACAGAAUCAGCCUUCGACCUGGCCGGCCCUGUCCCCCUCGGGGCCUUCCCCGGGACCCUUUGUCCAAGAGAAGAUCCCCAGCCCCCCCUUUGGUCAGCAGCCGUUCGGUCCCCAGAGUGCAGGGAUAGCUGGGGUCCCUGGGACAGGCAGUCAGUCCAAGGCACUGAGUACCUUCAUCUACAAGGCCAACUCGGCUCCUCAGAGCAGCCACCUGGAGGGGCUCAUGCCCGGGAAGACUCAAGAUCUCAGCAGGAAUUUCCUGAGCAGCGCUCAUCCGGCCCUUGAGCCGCAUCAUGGCAGCACCAAGCCCCUGUUUCAUUUUAACUCUGAACCGGCGAACCAGCAGAUGCCUUCGGUUUUGGCUUCCCAAAACAAGCCUUCCCUUCUGCAUUAUACUCAGCAACAGCAGAACUCUGCCGUGGCACAACAGCAACAGCAGCAGCAGCCUCAGCCCACCCAGUCUCUGCAAAACCAGCCCCUGUUAAGGCCCCCGAGCGUCCCCUUAGCGUUGCAGCAAAAGAUGAUGCUUCAGAAGAUGCAGCCUCAGCCCAUCUCAGGAUUGCCGUAUCCGGUUCCUCAACAGCAUAGACAGGAUCAGCACUCUGUGGUCAGCCAGAGCUCGGGCCCGAGUUCGAGUCCCAGUUCCUGCUCAAAUCCAAACACUGGAAGUGGCUUCAUGAACUCCCAGCAAUCGAUGUUGAACCAGCAAUUGAUGGAAAAGAAACAGGCCCUGCAGAGACAGAUGAUGGAGCAGAAGCAGCUUCUCCUCCAACAGCAGAUGCUGGCGGACACGGAGAAAAUCACUCCUGCAGAUCAAUUAAACAGACAUUUGACUCGUCCACCCCCAGAUUACAAAGACCAAAGAAGGAACUUGGUCAACAUGCAGCCAACAAGCCAGUAUUCCGGGGCUUCAGCAACUGUGAGCUUGAACUCCAACCAGACCCUGUCCAACCCAGUGUCCACCCACAGCAUUCUAACCCCCAACCCCAGCCUUCUGUCCACUUCGCACGGAACCAGAAUGCCUUCUUUACCCGCCGUUCGGAACAUCGGAGUGUACGGCGGUCUGCCUUGCAGUCAACCCAGCGCGUACCAAAUGGCCCAGCACAGGAACCCCAGCCCACUGAUAGGGCAGACCAAUGCCAUGAUGCCCCGGGCCCCCGCCCUGGGGCCCAGCAGCGGCAGCAGCCCCAGCAGCGGCGUGGCGGCCUUUGGGGCCGGAUCGGCGGUCGGUUCCCAGCAAGCGAGGCCUAACGUAAACCACGGGGCGACCAACGUCCCGGCACCCAGGCCAGCCAACGUGCUGCUUGCUUCUGGCUCUCCGGCCCAGAACUGGGCCCCUCCGGAGGGGGCCGCGAAGCCGCCGGAGGCCCUGAAGCCGACGGGCAUUCGCUUUCCCCCCAACCCCCCUGCCGCCUAUGCCCCCAACCUGUCUCUGCAGCGGGCCAUCGGCAACCAGCAUUUUAGCCAGCAGGCCGUGCCCGCCCCGAGCCAGUUAACGCCUGCGGCCCAGAUGAAACCCCUCAGCCCCAUGACCCAGACGUUGAACGGACAGGCCAUUGGCCCGCUCAGGGGGCUCGGCCUCCGGCCCAGCCAGCUGCGAGGACCGACCGUCACCAACCUGACGCCCUCGGGGACGGCCUUGAAUCCGACAGGCGCGGGCCUGACGCCGGCCCCAUCCCUACCGUCCGGGGCUUUCCCUUCUUCGAACCAAAGCUCCCGGGCUUUUCAGGGCGCCGACCACAGCGGCGACCUGGCCUUUGACUUUCUCAACCAGCAAGCUGACACCAUGGGACCCGCACUGAACAGCGAUUCGGACUUCAUCGAUUCCCUGUUGAAAACCGAGCCCGGCAACGACGACUGGAUGAAGGACAUCAACCUCGAUGAGAUCUUGGGGAGCAGCUCUUAAAGGAGGACAUGGGACCCUCGUGCCCACCACCCCCCGGCCCCCAGCCCCAACGCCGAGGCAGAGUCUUCCGAUGACUCUGAGGAAGCCCAACUGUUGGCUUUUCCAUUUUCCUUUCACUGCUCGGGCCGUGGGAGAUUCUGGGGUGUGAAUCUAGGUGUGCGUGAGUGUCCGCUCUAGCAGAAACUUUGGUCCGAAAGCGGGGUAGGGACAUUAAAUCAGAAGAAAGUAGAAUCUGGGGUAGUCUUGAUAUGAUCUAAAGUGAGGCCUGGGAGAGCCAGCGUAUUCAAGUGGUCCUGGAGAAAAACCAGACCCCAAACCCUUUUUUCCCCUUCCCAAAGCAGAAACCGGCAGAAUCGGCUUCUCUGCUUAACGACCUAAAGGUAGUGGCUCCCUUGACCACGGCCCUACUCUUACUCUGACCCGAAGACUUCUGGUUGCCAUGUCACCGCCUCUCCCUCUCUGCUAUUUCCGACAUCCCUGAAGCUCCCUCGAAGGGCAUCCGGGUCCCUAUGGAGCUGUCGGAAAGCACCCUCUAUCAGGGAGUGUCGGGAGUGAGACGAACGGUUUUCUUUCCCCCGCCCCCUCGCCCCUCUGGGCCGUAGUCUGGAGCUCUUUGGGCAUGCAAGCAAACGGUGCUGUUCUAAUCCUUGCAGAGGAGUCUGGGACACCUCUGGGGAGAGCCACCACUUGGGAUUGAAAAAGCGAUUUCUUCCACCCGUUCCAGGUUUUUGAACAGAACCAGCCCCGGCCUAAACCUUUCUCAAACACUGGAAAUGCCUGUGGGCAUUAGAAUUCACUGUUCUCUUUGAAUCACUCUCAAGUCUCCAGCUGGGCAGAGUCAGAAAGGGGGUUUAUUUGGCUGAGA